CGCCAAGCCAAGCGCCACUGCUGCGACUAUACAGCAGUCUCCCAAGACUUGAAACGUUUAUAAGACUGACAGACAACGACGGCGACGGUGGUGACGACGUAAUGCGCGCGUGAUCUUCAAUUUGUCGUCGACAAUCGUACCGCUAUAUUUGAUAGGAAAAAAUAAAAAAUUGUUUACGACGUUACUUUUUGACCGGUCGGUAGUCACCGCCGAUAGUCGCUAAUAUACGUUUUGUCUCACGUCGUUAUCUCAAUAUUAAAAAUAAUAAUCAUAUUAGGUAUAUCAACCAUUAAAACAACUAUUAAUUGUUUUAUGACAGUUUCGAUUUCGAUUUAAAUAUUAUUCGUAUUUACGGGAAUUGUUCCAAUACUUGCGACUUCACUGUCCGACAACGACAAUUCGCACUGUUAAUAACCAAAUACGUUGAUGUCAAACAUUCAAUGUGGUCUUAAGAUGUGUCCUUAUGAACGGAGAAUACGCUCAGCCACAGCACAUUUCAGAUGCCAUCUACCUAGGUGCUGCCAUCGCACUGAGUAUUAUCGGAAUAGUUGGAUUUCUUUUCAACACCUGUGUAAUUUUCAUAAUGAUUAGAGAUCCCCGGCUAUGGACCCCUCAAAACGUGAUAAUAUUCAACUUAGCAACGUCCGACUUAGCCGUGUCUGUAUUGGGAAACCCAGUUACUUUAGCCGCUGCCAUCACCAAAGGCUGGAUUUUUGGUCAAACCAUAUGUGUUAUCUAUGGAUUUUUUAUGGCAUUAUUUGGUAUAGCAUCAAUUACAACUUUAACUGUGUUGGCGUACGAUCGGUAUUUAAUGAUACGCUAUCCGUUCAGCAGCAGCAGAUUAACCAAGGAAACUGCACUAUACGCAGUAGCUGGAAUAUGGAUAUAUGCAUUUGCUGUAACAGGACCUCCGUUGUUUGGAUGGAAUCGUUACGUCAACGAAUCUGCAAACAUCAGUUGUUCAGUAGAUUGGGAGAGUGGCGAACAUAGCAAUUAUGUCAUUUACAUAUUUGUUUUUGGACUAUUUCUACCAGUUACUGUGAUAAUCUAUUCUUAUGUGAGCCUCGUCGUUACAGUAAGAAAGAGAGCUGCUGAAAAAAUCAUCGGUCAAGCGACCAAAGCGGAAUGCAGGGUAGCCAUUAUGGUGGCCGUGAUGAUAUUGGCGUUUUUAACUGCGUGGAUGCCGUACUCAGUGUUAGCUCUCAUGAUUGCAUUCGGCGGCGUCCACAUCAGUCCGGUGGUCAGCAUAAUACCGGCUUUAUGCGCCAAGUCAAGCAUAUGCUGGAAUCCAAUUAUCUACAUUGGACUCAAUACGCAGUUCCGGUCGGCGUGGAAACGGUUCUUGAAAAUCCCAGGUACGGUGUCGGAAGUCUCGCUGGAUGCCGACAUCACCACGGGCAUGACCAAGCUGAUGACCGGUCACCAAGAGCUGCCGGUGCAUCCCGGAAACAACGUCGACGCCGACCAUCCGUCGGGUUUGAUAAUGUGCUGUUUGGCGCACGACGAACACCGGCGGUCCGCGACAUACGUCGACCAGUACGAGUGUAAUCUCGAAAUGAAGUCAUGCAAUCCACAAACUCUAAGAAAACAAACCGAAACAAACCUCGGCGACGUUUCUUUGUGAAUAUAAUAAUAGUACCUAAAUAAUAUCAAAAUACCGCGACAACCAUCAAAAAAAAAAAAAUUAUAUAUAUUUAGUUACAUUAUAAGUUGGCUUCGAAUUGGUAAUACAUUAUAUAAUACAAUUUUUGACAUUUUUUAUGUCUGUAGUUAAUUCUAAAAUAUAUGAACAAAAAUUACAUUUAAAAAAAAAAAUGGAAAAUUUAUUAUAACACAGUAAUGCUUUAUGAUUUGUAACUCUAUUAAAAUAUAAUACGAUAUAUAGUUGCUAUAUUUGAAAAUAUGCAUUAGCAUUAUUCUACAAACAUAUAUAGGUAGGUACUAAUGGCGAACAUAGGGAUAAGGGUGGCUGGGACAUGACCCAUAGCCCAUAAUCUAACCUAGGCCAUAUUGAAAAUAAUAUAUAUUCCUAUAUACGCCAUUGAUCAAUACUUACCUAAUAUUAUAUACCAAUCUACAAUAAUGUUCCUCUUUCGUUUUUAACGCAUAGUUUAUCGUCUAGAAUUGCUAUUGUUCGCUUACUCGACUCUGUACAGAGAUAGCAGGCCGUUCCAGUCGUUCCACACAUUAAUCUGCGACGAUGUUUUGCAUAAUACGUUUUGUUAACGAUGUUUAUGAUCGUAAAUACUUUUCUAUUUUAUAAGACCACAAUAGUUUAUAUUUGAAUAUAUACGUAAAAACUCACCGCAGUCUAUACAUUUAUAUUUAUAUAUAUAGUAAAACUACUGCAAAUCCAUUGAAUCGCUUCAACUAUAUAAUUGUAAAAAUGUCACAACUGAAGAUUAAAUUUUAUAAAGCGUAUUCCGAAUGAAAAUUCUUGUAAUUCUGAAGAAAUAUUUUAUAACUCCUCGAUUUCUCGAUUUAAUAAAUAUAUGUACCUAUUAAUAUUAUUAUUGUUGUGUUUAAUACGCUUAAAUAACAAAUUCAUUACCCACCCAAUUGAUAAUUACCGAGUUACCCAUAUCUGCGAAAUGACAUCUAUAAAAUAAUAGUCGUAGGAGUCACUGUUAGGAUAAUAAUUGUAAAAAAGAUAAAUGUUACUAAAAUAUUAUUAUUUAUAUAUUCUACAAUCUAAUUUAAUUAUGUUACUUUGAUGUCAUGGCUGCCAUACAAUUUAGGUCAGUAUAUUAUAGAAUAUAGAGAUUAUACUUACAAUUUAAGACACUGUUUAAGUAUCUCUUAUUUUUUUCAAGUAACAUAAUA